CCUAUCUCAUCACAUUUUUCUUUUAUCUCACAUUUUCUCUUCUUUCCCAUCAUAUUAUUUUAUUUUUAUUCUUUAUUUUUGUGAAAUUUGAGUAAAAACUAACUAUUUUGUAAACAUUUUCUAUUCACAAAACAAAACCAUGAUGUCAGAAGCUUCUUCUGUGAACACCAAACAGAACACAGAAUUAUAUGGGCCCACCACUCCAACUAGGCUAAACCUCUCAAAUCCCCAAACUACCCACAUCUUUAGAUCAAAAUUACCAGACAUACCCAUCCCUUCCAACCUCCCACUCCACGCCUACUGCUUCCAAAAACUCCCGGAGCUCGCCGACCGGCCAUGCCUCAUCUCCGCCGGCAGAACCUUCACCUACGCCGAAACUCACCUCCAAUGCCGGAAACUCGCCGCCGGUCUCUCCAACCUCGGCAUCACCAAAGGCGACGUCAUCAUGAUCCUCCUCCCAAACUCCCCGGAGUUCGUCUUCUCCUUCAUGGCGGCCUCCAUGCUCGGCGCCGUCGCCACCACCGCCAAUCCAUUCUACACCACCGCCGAAAUUUUGAAGCAAAUAACCGCUUCCAAAGCAAAGCUCGUGAUCACGCGGUCCACGCACGUGGACAAGCUCCCCAAGGAGGCUCUAACGGCCGUGAUAACCGUCGAUGACCCGCCGGAGAACUGCUUACGUUUCUCGGAGGUUUCGGAGGCGGAGGAGUAUGAGUUGCUGGAGGCGGAGAUCACGGCGGACGAUGCGGUGGCGCUGCCGUUUUCGUCGGGGACGACAGGGUUGGCGAAGGGGGUGAUUCUGACACACAAAAGCCUCGUGACGAGCGUGGCGCAGCAGGUGGACGGAGAGAAUCCGAACCUGUACCUGAGCGAAAACGACGUCGUGCUGUGCGUGCUGCCGUUGUUUCACAUAUUCUCGAUGCACAGCGUGAUGAUGUGCGCGCUGAGGGCGGGGAGCGCGAUCAUGGUGGUGGAGAGGUUCGAGAUUAAGGCUCUGCUGGAGGGGAUAGAGAGGGAGAGAGUGACGGUGGCGAUGGUAGUGCCGCCGAUGGUGGUGGCGCUGGCGAAGGACCCGAGGGUGGAGGAGUAUGACCUCAGCUCCAUACGGUUGGUGAUGUCAGGGGCUGCGCCGCUGGGGAAGGACCUGGAGGAUGCUCUCCGGAGCCGGUUGCCUCGCGCAGUUUUGGGACAGGGUUAUGGGAUGACAGAGGCGGGGCCGGUUUUGUCAAUGUGUUUGGGGUUUGCGAAGCAGCCGUUUCCAACGAAGCCAGGGUCGUGCGGCACGGUGGUGAGGAAUGCUGAGUUGAAGGUGAUUGACCCUGAUAGUGGUUGCUCCGUUCCUCGUAACCGCUCCGGCGAGAUUUGCAUCCGUGGCCAACAAAUCAUGAAAGGAUACCUGAAUGAUGAGAAGGCCACUGCAGCAACUAUUGAUGCACAAGGUUGGCUUCACACUGGUGACAUUGGUUAUGUAGAUGAUGAUGAUGAGAUUUUCAUUGUUGAUAGGGUUAAGGAACUCAUCAAAUUCAAAGGUUUCCAGGUGCCUCCUGCAGAACUUGAAGGUCUUCUUAUGAGCCACCCUUUCAUUGCAGAUGCAGCUGUUGUUCCGAAAAUGGAUGAUGUUGCAGGUGAAGUUCCUGUUGCUUUUGUUGUGGUGAGUUUUGAUCUUACUGAAGAGGCUGUAAAAGAGUUUAUAGCUAAACAGGUGGUGUUUUACAAAAGACUACACAAAGUGUACUUUGUUGAUGCAAUUCCAAAGUCUCCAUCUGGAAAGAUAUUAAGAAGAGAGCUCAGAGCAAAGCUUGAGAGGAUCACCUAGCAAGCUAGUUCUUUAUUGUGUGAUAAUAGGUUAAGAUCAGUUGAACUAUUUUUUUACUUUCUUAAUUGUUCCGAAUUAAUGGUUCCCAAAUCUAGUUGCGUGAGCCCGAUUUAUGUCAAAAUUUGUUAACACCUUGACAUUUUCAAUGUGAAAAUACUGCUUACUGCU